GAGUGGAAACGUGUAGCAGAGAUCUUUAUUUUUCCAUGGUUCACUGCUAGGCAAUUUUGCUGAUGUAAGAGGUAGCAAAAAUAGCGUGGGGGAAUUAUAGCCCUAAGAAAGAAAUAUGUAAAUAUCUGAGUGCAGUGAAAAAACCCUGCUUGCCCCGGGUUUACGCUUUCAUUUUAUUCUGGGGUCUUUGUGUGGUUGAGGGGUGAAUGCUAAAGGGAAAGAAGGGUGAUGCUUUGACAGACCCAGCUGAUCAGAAACAGGGUGCAGGGAAGAUGACGUGGGGACUCCAAACAGGCGCUUUGUCCCGAUGGCUGGUUUUCAUCGGCAGUGGUGUAAAUUCGGUUUCCGACCCGGCUGUGGGAGGCAUCUGAGAAAUUACAUCACCUCUCUUCAUGGUCCACCGGUCAGAUGUGACUGAUGAAGUCUGAAUCUUGCUGCUUGUAUAAGAGCGCAACCCUCCUGAAUAAAAAGGGGGGUUCUUCAGCUGGUUCCUCAGACCUCCUCCAGGGCUGAGCCUGCCACGAGGAUGCGAACACCAGCUGGGAUGGGGAUGGGAGCCCCAGUGCUCCUGUGGCUGCUGAUGCUGCUGGUGAUGUCCCACUUAGCCGAUGCAGCCAUCCUGGAGGUGAACGGAAACCUGAACUGUAGAUGCAUAAAGACAACCUCAGACUACAUUAGUCCAAAGAGAUAUGAAAGCAUUGAGAUAAGACCCGUGGGAAGCACCUGCAGGCGUACAGAGAUCAUAAUUAAGCUAAAAACUUCAGGAAAGGUGUGUGUGAAUCCUGAUGUCCCUUGGGUAAAGAAGCUGCUGAAGCGUAUUGCUAGCACGAAGAAAAAAUAAGUUUCCUGAGAAGGAAGCUGACGCUCAGAGCCCUGAGAUGCGCUGGCAGAUGAUGCACAGGAACCUGGUUGCUCCCCACUUUGCCCUUGCUUCCCUCCCUCAUCCCGAAAGUCCCAUGUCUAGCCCCCCAGCAGCAGCCCCUGCAGGGAGGGCAGCUCGCUGAUGAUCCAGCCCCGUGGCAGGUUCUGGAGGUGUUUCCCCUCUGCAUUCAGUCCCUGGAUGAACGUGAAUGUGAACCCUGCAUUUCUUUACUCUACCAUACACUGCAAAGGGGCCACUCCUGCCUCUGUAGGAACAACUUUGUGACUCUUUCCAUGCGGAGCACUCAUUGACAUGGUGUGUCUGUGGUUUUUAUUACACAGCAUGGCAUGUCCUGGCCUGAGAGCUCAAGUCAAAUAAAAUUCAGGGUGUUUUCCAUU